UACUUCCCCAAUACUUUGGAAAAUCCAUCACGUAACCUUAUCUCCUCUUUCUUAACCUUCUUCGAUAUUUCCUCUCGCUACACCUCUCUCUCUCUCUCUCGGCUGUACAUCGGUUUUAGGAUCCCCUCUCCCUACUUUUCUUAUCUUUUCAAUAACUGUGUCCCGGCUUGUUCCGUAAAGUGGAAUCCAAAUGAGUAAAGAAGAGUUCUUGAAGAUCCAGACUUGGGUUCUAAAAGUGUACAUACACUGUGAUGGCUGUGACCGGGACGUGAAGAAAACCUUGGGGAAAAUUGCUGGCGUUCUCACCGUCAAAGUAGAUAAAGAACAGAACAAAGUGACCGUUUCCGGGACGGCAGCCCCACCUCUACUCAUCAAGAAGCUCAAAAAAAUUGGGCAAACAUGCAGAGCUUUUGAAUGCUCAGAAGUCCCACAAGGGCAACCCUGACCCCCCGAUCAAGGACAUAUUUAUUGACGAUGGCAAAGGUGGCAACAAGGACUGAAAGGAGGGCGGCAACCGUGGCGGACCUUUAUAUUUAAUGGCUCCGUAAUGCCUUUUAGCAGUUAUCCCUCCUUCCUUUCAAUCUGAUCUCAGUUUGUAGGAAGUGGGUACGUGAGAAAUUGCAGAACGCUGGGAGAGAGUUUCCUAGUCCUCGUUAAAUGCUAUUUUGCUGAGACAUGGAGCAUGAUAUGUAAUGCUAUUUUGCUUCUAUUAUGUGAUAUUCUUUAC